UGAAACACUUUGUAUUUACCAUGUAUUUACUCCAAACAUACAAUUCGAGAGUGCAACUGUAUUUUUCACUUUUAACAAAUGUAAUAUUAAUGAGGGGAUUAUCAUAAUUUUGCUUUAAUUCAUUAUUAUUUAGUAAAUUAUAUCAUCAGUGAAUUUUGUGUGUCCAGCCUGUUUUCCCCUAAACCCGACCCACUUUUUUGUUGUGGUUGUGUUAUUGUGACAUUUGUGACGUUUCACUAGAAAUUGCAGUAAAAAUACCGUUAUGUUUACAAAAUUUCGUUAAAUCUUAGCAAAACCAAUAAAUUCUCGUCAAAAUGAACUAAAUUAACGAUGCCAUAAAUCUGGUACAAGUCAGGGUACACAACACCAUGGACUCCCUAAGCCUCGACCCCUACGAGCAACAACUCUUAACCGUCUUCGACAGCUACGACCACGACCACCUUGGCAGCCUGGACCGCGAGGGUCUCACUCAACUAUGCCAAACCCUCCAACUCGAAGAACAAUCAACCGACCUCAUCCAAUGCCUUCUCAAAGACAAACAUUCCCGUGCAACAUUCGCAGAAUUCAAGGACGCCCUUCUCACCCUUCUUGGCAACAUGCAACACAAGAAAAACAGCGACGAUUUGAAAAAAACCGAAAACGGAUCGCCAGACCGCGAAGUUUCCCCGAAAUUUAUUUACGGCUCGAAAAAAUACGGGAGGAGGUCGCGACCUCGCAGCGACGAAAUUUCAAACAUGCUCGACGAACAAAACGAUUUGAAUUACCUGAAUAAAAACUCGAAUGCGGUCCAACGGUCGAAUUCGCAAAGCGAAGUGUCCAAUUCGAAAAAACGCAAAACUAAUUACAAGCUGAAGAGAUGCACGUCUCUGCCGGCAACGCAGCGAAUCGUCGGUAAUUUUGUCGCGAAUAAUUUGAAUAACGAAGCUGAGAUUGUCUACACUGAGGAGAUGUUAAGGGAAGCGUGGAAAAAACUCGGGGUCGGAAAAGACGGUUAUCUGAAUCAGAAUGAGUUGGUUCUAGUUUGCGAUGCUAUUGGGUUGCAUAAGUUAGCCAAAGGUGUGAUAAGGCAAUUGUCGGAUAAACUAAGCGUCGAUUAUGACCACAGGAUUAGUUUUCAAGAGUUACUCGAGGCCUUGCAGAUGGAUGAAACUUGGUCUGAAGUUUUAAAUUCGACACCGGUCAAUAAUGACGUCACUUUAACUGUAACAAAUGAGAUUUUCCCAGAUUCGCGAACAUUCCGAUAUGUUACGUUGGGUCCUGAUGGUAAUGGGGUUAUAAAUGCCGAAACUUUGAUCGAAAUGUGGGAACUAGUGGGGAUAAGUUCGCCGAAAGAACUGAUCCACGAGUUGGGUUUUAACGAUAGGGAGAUAAAUAUUGUUGAGUUGGCAACCGUACUAGAGAAAGAGAUUAAAGGGAUUCAUGAUUCGUCAAGGGUUGAAAUGCAAAACCCCCACAUUGCACUCUUGCACGCAAACUUGACACUUUACCAGUCGGAAAUCAAGUGUUUGAAACACAUUUUGGAACAAAUGCAUGCCGAGCGGGAAAAAUUGAAAUGUGAUGUAUUCGAGGCGAAUAACCGGGCGAAAUUACUGGCACAGGAAGUUGAUGAUAAUCAUAUGAAAAUGGAACGUAACACUCAGAAWCAAGUCAGGUUGAUUGAACAAAGGCACUCCGAUAUACUAAAAGAGAUAACACAGCAAUAUGCGAGUGAUAAGGAGCACCUUUCCGCCCUGAACCAAACUCUAGAGGAGAAGAUCAACACCCUUGAACAGGAAGUAAACAAACUAAAAAAUGAUCUAAUCGUGGCUCAGAAAUACUCAUCCUCUUUGGAAAAGGAGAAUCAGAAUUUGUCGAGUCAAAUUUCCGAAUUGCAACAAGUGAAAAACUUGCUCUCGGAUCAGAUAAACUCUCUCGAGUGUGAGAAGCAAAAGUACGUGGAGAUGGAGCAGGAACAAAUCGAGCCUUUGUUGACGAAACUGUCGACUUUGCAGCUCGAGAAUGCACAGUUGAGGGAUAAGAAUGACGAAAUGGUCGCUGAAAUUGAGAAUUUAACGUGUCAGGUGUCGAGUAUGCGAGCCAAAGUGGCGAGUACUCCGACUUAUAACACCCUGGAUCAGAGUAUGGAGGAGAACGUUUCUGUUAUUUGCGAAGGAGUCGGUUUGGGUGCGAAACGUAGGAGUGAUUAUUCGCCGACCAAGGACAGCGUACUCUUCGGUAUAGCCGACGGCAGUCCACGUCUAGGCAAGGUGCGAAAAUUCCACAAGGAACGACCUGACCAUUUGGACGUCGUACCUUUUACUUCGAAUGAAAGCGGGUUCGAGGCCGAAAUCGAUGCUUUCGAUAGUUCAUUUUCCGGAAACGAGGAAGAAAUCACCAGGUUGCAGGCCAAGGUUGCAUUCCUCGAACAAAUUCUCGCCCAACAUUCGAUACCAAUACCCGGUGAUAACGCGGUGGAAAAUGCCACUUCUGACACAAUAAAUAGUCUUAAAGCAAGAGUACAAGAAUUAGAGAAACUUUUUGGUGACUUAAGCGAUGUUAGUAAAAUGAUAAAUAAGAACGGCUUAAGUUGUGAUAAUUUGAAAAGUGUUGGUGAAAAACUUGAGAUGAUUUUGAGACAACGAAAUGGCGAGAAAAUAUUUGUCGACGCUAACGUCGGGACUGAAACAGAUUUUGUUUCAUUUGAAACUAAGAUAAAACAAUAUGAAGAAGAGAACGAUAUGUUGAAAACUAAGUGUUCCGAAUUGGAAAAUUGUGUCGAUCUUCUCAAAAAUGAAUACGAAAAAUGCGAAGAUUACUGGCAGUCUAAAUUGGAAGAAGAACGCCAAAUCUUCGAACAGGAGCAAAGUCAAAGUAGUGAGAAACUCACCGAUUUGAUUAAUAAAAUGGCAGAGUAUGAAGAACAGUUCGCUAAUCAAGACAAUAGAUUACCCCCAAUUGAAGAAACCUACAAUUUGGAGAAACAAUUCACCGAUUUGGAGCAAGAAUUUGAAGAUUAUAAAGUCCAGAGUGAGAAUGAACUGUUCAAACGUGACGAAGAAAUCUCUAUUUUGAAACAAAAGUUGACCGAAUUGGCUUUUAAUCAAAAAGACAGUGUCGAUAUUGGGACUCAAGUCAACAGUUUCGACGAAAACUCCCGAAUAAGCAACAAAAUGAACACUCUUUCCUUAUGUAUGGUCGAGUCCACGAACCUAUUUUCUUCGGAUGCAAUGCCAGUCCCGUGGUCCCCUGAGAAAAAACCUGAAAUGGUUGACUCACUAUGGAAUAAAGAGUCAAAGAGUGACACUAACUCGACGCAAACCUCCCUGUCGUGGCAAAACGGUAGUGGGCAACCAUCAACGUCAAACUCGUCAACUUUGGAGAAAAAUUGCACGCCUUGUAGGCCCAAACGGACGAGGAAACACGACCGAAAUAAUUGUCUCUACAAGAAAAACAACCAGGAAAUGAAGAAAAGUGACGAUUUUCCCUCCAGACGGGAGGAGCAAGUCGUUACGUUACCUGUGAGUACAAUUCAUGGCUUGAACGGUCGCUUGCACCACCUGGAGCAGAGGUGCAGACAACUGCAAAUGGUGCUAAAACAGCAGCAUUUUUACACCGAGCAAGCCUUGCAACAAUGUCGACAACAUCACAAGAAUGAGAAAACCGAAUUGCAGUGCAUUUUGAGGAGUCAUCAGGAGAAGUUGGACCAGCAAGUGAGGAUCUGCAAUGAUCAGUUGGAGAGACUCGCGAGGUCGGAUAUGUUAGUCAAGGAGUUGUAUGUGGAGAAUUCGUAUCUGAUUGCUAAAGUACAAAGACUAGAGCAGCAGUGCCAUAUUUUGGCACAGUGUAACUCGAAUAGUAGUUCGGUGUAGUUGGAAGUCUAUUUUUGCCUAAUUGUAGAGAUAGUUGACUAUUUUUAAACUAAAAUUUUUAAAUUCGUGUGACUUUUUGUAUAUUUUGAUUGAUUGUUAAAUACCUGACUAGAGUAUUGUAAGAGUAAUGUUAUGGGUUGUUUAUUCUUUUAUAUGAUGUAAUUUUGUUACAUAUCAUUUAUUUUUACUUAUGUCCAAAGAAUUUAACACGAUAAGUAUCUAGUUACUGUUACUGUUACUUAACUACUAAUUUUUAAAGUGUCAUAUUAUUGAUAAAUAAAGUAACGUCUUAAUAAAAUCACGCUGGACAAUUAACGAAAAUAUAUUUCAUUCUA